UCAUCAUGACAGCAUCGCAGAAUCGCUCAUUCUCCGUUCAUAUGGUCAUAAAAUGUGAGGACAAAGGGCUGAAUAUCUGCGAUAUUUUUAGAGCGCAGUCACACGGAGGCGGAGCACAGAUGCUUCACGGCCAAGGAUGCGAGUGUCAAACAGCAGGUGGAGACUGACUGACUGCUGACGGAAAGAACGAGACGAGAACCGACCACAAAAACACAUUUGAUGAGGAGGAGAGGACAUAUCAGCCUCCCGAUCCCCUCUGAAUGAGUGGGCCCUGAUAACGUGAACCAUGGUGGAUCCAUUGGAACCUGAUGACCAGAGUAAAUUCAGAGGGACCCAGUUUGAAAGCCCAGCUGCAGCCUCUGAAGCACCAUGUCUACCUGAGCCAGGUGAUGAUAGAGAGACAGAUGUUAGUGUGGAUUCCAGCCCACAGACAGAGCCCAGUACUGAUCCUGUACCGAGCUCUCAAGAACCAUGCCAGCAGCAAAACAGUCAACCAGAAGAGCAAAAACUACAUCUGGACCUUUACAAUUUUGACUCGCCAGUAGCAGAAGGCAGUCGGUAUGUCCUGACAAGCCCUCGCUCUCUCGAGGCAUGUGCACGUUGUGGAGUGAAACCUGUGGAACUUCUGGCUCGUCCACUGUCUGAUUUUGCCCGAGAGGCACCCGGCCGCAGCAUGCGUGUCGCCACAGGAAUGUUUGAGAUAUUUGAGAGGGAUAGACAUGCUAAACUCCGACACUGCAGAGAGGAGAGAGAGCGGAUUAUCAGAGAGGAGAAGAGGCGAAAUCUGCAGGCAGCUCUCAACAAUAACAGUGGUCCGCUGGCUUCAGAGAAGUCACAGGAAACUGUCAAUGCUAACAAUAAUCAUAGUUUAACAAAUCAAGCCCACAAAAUAGCACCUACCUGCAGUGGUGCACCCAAAAAGCAAUCGGCAACAUCUAAUCCUAAAAGCAUGCCAGCGGGAUCAGGACCGGUUACUACAGUGUCAUCAUCCAGCUCUGCUCCGUUCUCAAAAGCCAGUCCACUGAACUCUGCUACUACUGCUAAAGGAACGUCUGCAAAAAAGCCCAAGACCCUUGAAGUAGAAUCUGGGGGAAAACCUCAAUGUUCAAAACCUUCAGUAAUCCAACGAUCAAUUCAGUCAGCUCCAGGAGGUCAGGCCACAAAAAAAACUUUCAGUACUCCUACAAAGGCUCCAAAUACCUUCCCCAGAUCAAUACAAAAACCUCCUUUUCCAAGGACAUCAACUUCACUUGCCCCAAUAGUGUCGAAAUCUUCUGUCCAAAGUCCUGCCAAUGGCAUCACAAGUACGUUUGCACAGCAUAAUGGACACAUCAUCUCCAAAUCAAAGGUUAAAUGCAGAAGCCACUCGCUGGAGUCUUUGCAACGAAGGCGUGACGCGUUUUGUUCCUCGACUGCUUCAACAACGAACACCACAACUACUACAUGUACCUCCUCUGAAUCUGCUUCCUCUUCCUAUAGCUGGGAAGGGGCAAGAGAUCACUGGGCUAAGACAUCAAGCCCUCGUGCCCGCACUUUAGCUACCUUUAACUCUCUGAUGGGUCGCAGUUUAAGCUUGGGAGACCUUAGCCACUCUCCACAGACUAUGCAAAAAGUGGAGCGCAUUGUGAAGGAGGUGAAACGCAGAGGACUUAAAGCUGUUCCAGAACGUGACCGAAAGAUUGCUGCAUUAAUGCUUGCCAGGUAUCAAGAGGAGGACAUAAUGAGCCAGACACGCUACGUAGCACACCUGCAAUGGGACAGUGAGAAGCGGCUAGAGGAGCUGCGACGGGAACGCGAAGAGCGGGAGAAACAGAGGGCCGUGCAGCAGUGCCAACGAGCAUGGCAGUCGCAAGUUUCUACCCGGCAGCGUUGGCUUAACCAGCAGGAGCGAGAGGCUGCAGAUGCCAAACUUCGCCAAGCAGUGGAAAGUGAGGAGCGUUGGAGGGAAUUGGCUGAGCAACAAGAACGCAGCCGAUUGCAGAAACUGCAACAGGCUGCUCGUGAGGAGAAACACAAGAAGUCAUUACAAGAACAGAACCUUAAAGCUCUGGAGGAGGACCGAGCUGCUGUUCUUGAGCAAGAGAAGCUGCUCCUCAAGGAGAAACUGACUAUUGCUGAGCUGAAGCGGCAGGAGCGAGAGCACCAAGCACAAGAGGAGCGUCGUGGACUCAACCGUGCCGAGAAGAGGCGCCAUGCGGCUCUUAUCCAAGAGAUUGCACGUCGUGAAGCCGAUGAGCGGGAAGAAGCUCGGAGAACAGCCGACGAGAAGCUAAAUAGGUCUUUGGAGAACUAUGAGCAGAUACAAGAAAAACGUGGGCAAGAGCUAAAGGAGAAAGCUAAGCGAGAAGAGAAGCAGAUCCAGAAAGCAAGACGGGCCGCCGAGCUGCGUGAGCAACAGCAGAAGGAACAGAUGGAGGCAAAGGCUCGGGAAGCUGAAAGACGAGGACAACAAGCCACUCAAGUGGCCGAAGUGCGGUCGCGGGAGAAGGCCCAACGUGCGGGGCAAAGCAGGCAGGAAAAAGAACGACUCCAGAGGCUCAACCGUCAACGUGUAGAGGAAGAGGAGAAACAGCGCCGGCUAGAAUUGUUGCAGUCCAUUGAGCGCAAACUGGAAAAAAGUGAACAGAUUUUCAGAGAAAAACGUGCAGUGUUGGAAAGUGCCCGAUCCGUGGCCCGCGCAUCUUUCCAUGUGCGAGAUCGUGUUCGCGAAGAGACAAACAUGCGCACCUUCGACAAGAUGGCCCUGGAGGCUCAGUUAAAUGCAAAUUUAGUUGAGAAGUGAGCAACUGUGCAACUUUUCUGCUCUUUCCAUGCACAUCUGUCUAGAAAUAAGUUGUGCUUGAGCCUACAUGCUAGCCUCAUCACCAAACUACAGCAACAAAAACUGAUGGUCAUGACCUAAAGAUUCAUUAUUCCUGAUGCUGGAUCAUUUUCAUCAUGUCAUCUAAAGAAAUAUUUUUCUGUAUUUAUAUAUUUUAAAUGUUAAUCGAAGAACUUUGUGCUUAUGUGUGGAUGAUCAUAUGUCGGGGCAUGAUUGUUUUUUUGUAACUUGGCAGCCAUGUUGCUUUGAGAGCUGUAUAUAAAGAGUUCAUUGUUUACAAAGAC